CUUACUUCUCUUGCUCUCACUCCCCUCACCUUCUAUAUUCCUGCUACCUUACAGACACUAUCUAGCUAUACUUUGCGUCAACUGCUCAAGUCUUCUCUUCACUUCUCUCAUACCUUUCUUUUAUUUCUCAUUUCAGUUGAAAUUGUGCCACAGCUGCCGGCAGCAUCAUCUAAUCGCCCCUCCCCCACCGCUCAACCGCACCGUCAGCUAUUGUUCGCUACCACACCUCGGCUGCCCUCAGCAUUAUCAUUCAUUGCUACAUCUCUGAACAAAAAUGUUUAAUCGCAACAAUUACCCCUCGGUGCCUAAUCCUUUCGGCUCUCGCCCCUCCCGUGGGGAUGGUCAUCCGGUCCCUAAUCAACCCGGCGGGUAUCAGGCUGCAGGUCCCGGAGGAUAUGGACCCCCGCUACAGGCCAUGGGCAGACCUAGCCCAUCAUAUAUGCCAGCACGGAGCGAGAAGCACGCCAACUCUGGUCAAACGUGGACGCUGCGGCCUGCAAAGAGCCCGGACAAUGUGUAUACUUUUGGAAAUUUAGUCGCUGUCUCCACUCAGGACUUCCCCCCCUCCCGCGAUGGGCACGACCUUCUUCUUCUCAUCAACGAUCUUUAUGUUCUCUCCGCGCGUCCGCUUGAUGGGUUCCCUCCCGGUCAUAUUAGCAUGUCAGACCCGCAGCGGACCUGGGCUGGUAUCGCCUUCACAGAUUCAGUGCAAGUGCAGAUUUACGAUCCUUUCAGCCAGGGUGGCCAGGCGUACGUCGGCUCCACCGAUAUCGAAGUAGGAUUCGCUGGCAAGAAAAGGGUCGAGACUCCAUAUGACCAAGACGAGCUAGCUAGCGUUGUGAUCAAGAACUUCGAAAAUCAAAUAUUCGCCCCGGGUCAGAAGAUCCUUAUGGAUCACCGAAGUAUUCCGCUUUUGUUGACAAUCAAGACCGUCCAGCGCGUCGAUUUGUCCUCCGGCACCCCCGACCCUAGCGGUGGACAAGUAGAGACCAGCCCUACUGCUAGAGGUAUACUCACGCGACACUCUCAGAUAACUUUCUUCAAGGAUGCUCGUACAGGUAUUAACCUAAAGGCUUCGAACCGUCGACCGGCUGCCAACUCCAUCAUCCAGCCUGACUUCAAAUUUGAAAAUAUGGGUAUUGGUGGUCUUGACUCAGAGUUCAGCACUAUCUUCCGUCGUGCCUUCGCGUCUCGAAUUUUCCCACCGGGGCUUGUUGAGAAGUUGGGUCUCCAGCAUGUGAAGGGUAUUCUGCUCUACGGCCCUCCAGGAACAGGUAAAACGCUGAUUGCUCGCCAAAUUGGAAAAAUGUUGAACGCCAGAGAACCCAAGGUCAUCAACGGACCAGAGGUUUUGAAUAAGUACGUCGGUCAGUCGGAAGAGAAUAUCCGCAAACUAUUCGCAGACGCAGAGAAGGAGUACAAGGAAAAGGGCGAAGAGAGUGGUCUUCACAUCAUCAUCUUCGAUGAGUUAGACGCUGUUUGUAAGCAGCGCGGUAGCGGAGCAGGUGGCGGCACUGGUGUCGGAGACAGCGUGGUCAACCAGCUGCUUUCGAAGCUAGACGGUGUCGAUCAGCUUAACAACAUUCUACUCAUUGGUAUGACCAAUAGAAAAGACAUGAUUGAUGAGGCACUAUUGCGUCCUGGUCGUCUUGAAGUCCACAUGGAGAUUUCUCUUCCCGAUGAGAGUGGACGAGCUCAGAUCCUCAAGAUCCAUACUCAAAAGAUGCGCGACAAUAAUGUUAUGGAUAAUGACGUCGAUUUGCCCGAGCUGGCUCAGCUGACGAAGAAUUUCUCUGGAGCCGAAAUCGCUGGUCUUGUUAAGUCUGCGUCAUCUUUCGCAUUCUCUCGGCACAUCAAAGUCGGGACAAUGGCUAACGUCAGUGAUGAUGUUGUAAACAUGAAAGUCAAUCGAGCUGACUUCCACCACGCACUUGACGAAGUCAAGCCGGCUUUUGGUGUCUCCGAGGAGGAGCUGUCCAGUCGCAUUCAAUAUGGCAUCAUUCAUUUCUCUCCAGGCAUCAACGAGAUUCUUAAAGAAGGGGAGCUUUUCGUGAAACAAGUCAGCAAUGCUGAAUCUUCACCUCUUUUCUCUGUUCUACUGCAUGGUCCGACCGCAAGUGGAAAGACAGCCCUUGCUGCUCGAAUUGCCAUCGACUCCGGUUUUCCCUUCAUCAAACUGAUCAGUCCCGAGGACAUGGUUGGAUACAGUGAAAUGGCGAAGAUUCAGCACAUUACUAAAAUCUUCGAUGACGCAUAUAAGAGUCGUACGAGUGUUGUUGUUGUCGACAAUAUCGAGCGCUUAAUUGAGUGGGUGCCUAUUGGCCCGCGAUUCAGCAAUGCCAUUUUGCAAACGCUGAUGGUAUGCUUGAGAAAGCAGCCCAGCAAGGGCCGACGCCUCUUGGUUCUGGCAACCACUACAGAGAGAGCUGUGUUGAAGCAGCUAGAUGUGUAUAACUCCUUCAAUGCCGACAUUAUGGUUCCGAACGUGAUGACGUACGAGGAGUUGAGGUAUAUACUGGAGAAGUCCGAAGCCUUCGAUGCGUCAGAAAUUGAGCAAGCACUAGAGGGCCUCGACGACAUCUCUGAAAGCAAGACUAUUGGGGUUGGUGUCAAGAAGGUGCUUUUGGGAAUUGAGACGGCCAAGCAGGAUGUUGACAAGGUAGGCCGCUUUGUGCGUGUCAUCAACCGUGCCAUUCAGGAGGAACACAAUUUUGCGUAGAGUCAGCUGGAGCUAUGCUUGACAGGACUGGUAUGUCAAAGUGUACAUUGAUGCUAGAAUAGUUGAACGUGACAGUCUGUAAUGUCCACGCGUGAUUAUUGGAAAGAGACUUACAGGCUGAUUUAAUAAGGCCCCUGCCGUUUUCAAUUUAUUCACCUCGCUAUAGCUCGGUGGGGAGGAACUGUCCACUUUCCUUUCGCCGCACCUUGGACACUCGGUCUGUCUUUAG